AUGCAAUUUAACUUUUUAAUCUCAAAAUGCAUGUCAGUUAAUGAAAAUGGAAUGAGUAUUUUAAAUGGAGGUUAAUAACACAAUCAAUAACUUGAUGAAGUGAUUAAAAUUAUGGGUGAAGCAUCUGCAAAGGUAUAUGAAGUAAAUAAUGUUAGGCAUAAAAUUUGAAAUAAGUUAUAACAAGUCCAUCAAGAUUUUAUCAAACUGAUUAAGGAAUAUAUAUUAAAUCAGAAGGAAAAGUAUGAAUAUAAUUAUAUGUAAUUAGCAAUGUUUAGGAAUGUUGAAGAUUGGGAGAAAAAAUUUAUUUCAUAGAGAUUUAAGUGGAUUAGUUAAAGAAAUACAGCCUUUGUGUGUGUUAGACUUUUAUGUGCAUGAAUCUGUGUAGAGAAAGGGAAUUGGGAAAGAAUUAUUUGAAGAAAUGCUAAGAUGUGAAAUAAUUAGCCCAGAAAAAUUAGCAUAUGAUAGACCAUCUCCAAAAUUACUUGGGUUUCUUAAAAAACAUUAUCAUCUUUCUAAUUAUAUCCCUUAGAAUAACAAUUUUGUUAUCUUUUCAUAAUAUUUUGAGAAUAGAAAGUAAAACUUAAAUAAUUAACUGGCAUCCUCUUAAUCAACAUAAUUUUAAUAUUCAUCAACACCUUCAAAAGUUGAAUAAUUGGGAUCAUUAAUGUCAUAAAUGACUAUUUAAUCAACGUAAUCGAAGAAUCAAUAAUAAAAGGACAGCAAAUCUUAAACUCCAUGGGCAACAGAUCAAAAAUAAUAAUAAAAUGUAUACAAUUAUUUUUAUUUAUAAGAUGUAUUAAACUACAACUGGACUUAUGUCAGCUUAAAUUUGCAAAAAAAGAUGAAAUAUUAAC